AUGAUCCGAUUAUAAGUCCAUUAUAAGACUGAAUUUGGUCAGGCCUUGUAUGUUUCUGGUAAAUCGAAAUAUAUGGGACAAUGGAAUCCAGAACAAGCAAUUCGAAUGACUUGGACUCAGAACGAUAUUUGGACGGUUGAAGUUGCUUAUCAUAUGAUGGAAUAUAAAUAUUUUAUUUCCCAGUAUGAUAAAGUUUAAAAAAUAUAAUGGGAAUCAGGGCCUAACAGAGUUACUAAUAAGAAUUCAAAUGACGUGUGGAACCACAGAAAAAUAUGUUUUCAAUGUGUAAACCCACAGAAUUUCGAUAUUUACAUUUCUGGGUCCUCGAUUUCAAUGGGUCAAUUUUAAAGAAGAGUUCGAAUGAAAAAUAAGGAUGGAAUAUCAUAAUCAAAAUUUCUUACCAACAUUAAUGACUCUUAAAUUCAAUAUUAAUACCACAUCAUAACCAAGAGUGAGUUUUCUAGUCCAGUUUAUAAAGCUGAUUUAAAUUGUCAAUGUAAACAGUAGCAAUAUCUAAUUUUAGUAUAAUACCAUAAAGAUGCUCUACUCAUUUUCUCUGACGGACUUGCUAAACUAAAACAGAUGGUAUUUUAGCUAAAUAAAAAUAUCUGUUAUGGUUAUGUCCCUUUGGAAUUGGAAGAUUAUUAAGCUUUAAAAAAAGCGAACUUAAAAACUAUUAUUGAAUUUUGUAAUAUGAGAGAAUAGAGUCUACUUGAAUAGCAAACAAAAUAUGAAGACAUAGUGCAUUUGGUAGUCAAUCUCUAUCAUUUCAAAUAAGAAAACUUCACAAAGAGGUUACUCUAACUGAUUCAAGUUUUAAUUCAAAAAUAUUAAUUACUUUAUAUUUGCAAUAACUCUCUCACUCAUUUAAGAAAGUAUCUAUCUGCCUAUGAGAAGCUCUCUUUCAGUCCUUAAAAAUGA